GGGAACUCUCUGGUAAGGAUGAUUUUUGUUCUACAUUAAAUUUAAUUUCAGUUUUGGUUCUACUUAGCAAAUGUACAACUGGGACAAGUCCAUAAAUGAGAGAGUUAGAGAUGAGUUUGAGGACAAGUUGAAGGAUAGGAUGUCUGAUCAAGUUUCUCGGUGGAAGGGAAAGUGGAAGAAUAUAGGUGAUGAGGCAAAGCCUAAAUGGAUUGAUCCUCAAGUGUGGGCUGGACUUGUUCGUUUUUGGCGUGAUCCUAAAUCAGAAAUUAGGAGUAUCAACAGUAGAAAUGCCCGAUAUCAUGAUCCCGAUGGCCUUGGUAUAUCUAAACACCGUUCUGGCCAGACCUCUUUCAAAUCCCGUGCCAGAAAGCAUUGUGAGGAGACUGGUGAUUCAACUCCAGAUUUUCUGGUGGUUCUUGAGCAAACUCAUCGCAAACCUGAUGGGACUUUCAUUGAUAGAAAGUCAGAGGAGAUCUACAAGGAAGUGUCAUCAAGGAUUGAAGAGGAGGAGUCUCAGCUGUUUACAGGGGAUAAUACAGAGAGCUCUGCUUCAGGUGGAUUAUCAGUGGCUGCCAAGAACAAGAUUUAUGCUCAGGUUGCUCCAAGGAAGAAAGGAAGGUUGUAUGGGGUUGGUUCUCUGCAGAAUGAAGCAUCCUCAGUCCAUGUUGGUCCACUGCCUACUCAUAAUGAUCGAGAGGCUCUAUUGGAGAAGCUUGCUGCUGCUGAAGCUCGUCUUCAACAUCAGGCUGAGAAGAUCAAUAGCUUCGAUGCCUAUUGGCAAUACCUCGUAGAGAAGGAUCCAGUGUUUGCAGGCAUGUAUCGAGGACCAUCUGAACCGGCAAAUGGAGACGCCACAAGAACAGCGGAGGCCAACGAGACCGGAGGCGAUCAGACCGGAACCGAUCAGACCGGCGAAACUGAGACAGGAACUGUGACGGCGGUGAGCAACGGCAGAAGCAAAGGAUGUUGCAAGUCCGGUCCAGGUUACGCUACGCCUCUAGCCGCCAUGGCUGGUCCACGGGAAAAGCUCAUCUAUCUCACCGCCCUCUACUCCGGAACGGGGCGAGACAAACCGGACUACUUGGCGACGGUAGAUGUGGAUCCUAACUCACCCACAUAUUCAAGUGUCAUUCACAGACUAAAAAUGCCUUAUAUAGGUGAUGAGCUACACCACACUGGUUGGAACUCUUGCAGCUCUUGCCAUGGUGAUGCUUCUGCUGAUAGACGUUACCUCGUCUUACCAGGCUUAAUUUCUGGUCGCAUUUAUGCAAUCGACACAAAGACCGACCCAAAGGCUCCAUCUUUGUACAAGGUUGUAGAGCCUGAAGAGAUUGCUAAAAAAACAGGAUUAGCAUUUCCACACACAUCUCAUUGCCUCGCCUCGGGGGAUAUGUUGGUGUCUUGCCUUGGGGACAAAGAAGGAAACGCCAAAGGGAACGGGUUUCUCCUUCUUGACUCUGACUUCAAUGUCAAAAGCAGGUGGGACAAACCAGGACAUGGUCCUUUGUUUGGGUAUGAUUUUUGGUACCAACCUCGGUUCAAGACAAUGAUCAGCACUUCUUGGGGUGCACCUAAAGCCUUCUCCAAAGGUUUCAAUCUCCAGCAUGUUGCGGAUGGCUUGUAUGGAAGUCAUUUACAUAUUUAUAAAUGGCCUGAAGGUGAAAUGAAGCAGAUUAUUGACCUUGGAAAUACUGGUCUCUUACCUCUUGAGAUUAGAUUCUUGCAUGAUCCUUCUAAAGAUACAGGGUAUGUCGGGAGUGCUCUGUCGAGCAAUAUGAUAAGGUUUUUCAAGAACAGUGAUGACACAUGGAGCCAUGAGGUGGUUAUAUCGGUUAAACCUCUGAAAGUAGAAAACUGGAUACUUCCAGAAAUGCCGGGGCUUAUCACCGACUUCUUGAUCUCACUCGAUGACCGGUUUUUCUACUUUGUGAACUGGCUUCAUGGAGACAUCCGUCAGUACAACAUCGAAGACCCUAAAAACCCGGUCUUAACCGGCCAAAUUUGGGUUGGAGGAUUACUACAAAAGGGUAGUCCGUAUAAGGCUGUUGGAGAAGAUGGCAACACUUACCAAUUCGAUGUUCCGCAGAUCAAGGGGAAAUCUCUAAGAGCAGGACCUCAAAUGAUCCAACUAAGCCUCGAUGGGAAACGAUUAUAUGCGACAAACUCGCUAUUUAGCGCGUGGGACCGUCAGUUUUACCCGGAACUCAUGGAUAAAGGCUCACACAUAAUUCAAAUCGAUGUUGACACAGACAAAGGUGGUCUCACUAUAAACCCUGACUUCUUUGUGGACUUUGGUGAUGAACCAGACGGUCCUGCACUAGCCCACGAGAUGAGAUAUCCCGGCGGAGACUGCACUUCCGACAUCUGGAUCUGAAUUUGGCUCCUUAACAGAGUAAACUUGAUUUAUGAUUCAUUGUUAUGUUUUGGUAGAGUGUAAUAAAUAAGAGAUGGCUAG